AUGAAAUGCUCUCUUCUCUUAAAUUUUCUUAUCCUACUAUUAUACACAUUCUUCAAUUCAUUCUUGUCAAUCAAAUUUAUGACAAACUACAAAGACAACUUUUCUAAUAUCAGUAACAUAAAAAAAAAUAAUUAUAAUAUUCUAAAAUUCUUUUAUAUUUUACCUGAACAAGUCAGGAAAAAAUAUAUAAGCUAUUUUAUAUUAAGUUGUUCAGAUAAAGAGAAUAUAAAAAGAAGAGGGAAAAGAAUAAAAAAGGAUAAUAUGGAAUAUAAUAAAUAUGAUAUAAAAGAGGAUGUAAAAAAAAAUGAUAUGUGUGAUAUAACAAAUGAUGAUGAUGUUAUUAGUAAUAAAAAUCAUUUUAUAAACAAAUCAAAUAGCAAAUUGUAUAUUUUAAUUACGUCACCUGAAGCGGCUAGGAUUUAUAGAUAUAUUGUUAUAUUACUUAUACAUAAUUUGAAAAAUACAAAUUUAAAAUAUGAAACUUGUAAUGAAAGAAAAUUAAAUUAUAUUAAAAAAUUUGUAAAAGAUAUAUCCAUACUUUCGAUUGGACACUCAUGUAAUGAUAUUUUAAAAAAUAAAUUUAAUAAAUCUCUUUUUUAUAAUAUAUCGAACAAAAAUAGUUCUAUCCAUAAAAGUCCAAUAUUCAAAAUAAAAAAAAAAAAACUUUUACAAAUUAAUCGUGAUAUAAGUACUCAUCUUAAUAUUGUUUUUACACCUACUAAAGCAAAUGGAAAUACAUUUAAAAAAGAAUUAAGAGAUUUUUUCUUUUUAAAAAAAAAUGAGCAAAGAAAUAACAACAUUUAUAAAAAAGAUAAACAAAAGAGAAAUGUAAAUAUAAACCAACAUGAAUAUAUAAAUGAACAAAAAAAUUUACAUAAUAAUAUUUUAUGGAUUUCAUCAUCUAUAAGCACAUCAUCCUUUGAUGAUCUAGAUAUUCAUCCUCAAAAUAAUAAUCAUAUAUAUGAUCGUAUUAAUCUAAAAAGAAUAAAUUGUUACGAUACCCAACAAGUUACUUAUAACAUAAAUGACAAAACAAAUAAAAUUCAUAUAACGAAAUAUUCUAUCAUAUGUCUUAUGAGUACUAGUACUGUUUUAUCAUUUUAUAAAAACUUUGGAAACAAUUUUUCUUAUGUUGUAUGUAUGGGUAAAAGUUCUUAUGAACUCUUAAAAAAAUUAAAUUUUAAAAAUAUUUAUUUUCCAGAAAAUUCAAAAACCAAAACACUCCUCAAUAUUUUAAUAACUCUAUAUCAUAAAUUGAACAAUAAAUAUAAACGCAAAUUUCAUAUAAUUCUCACCAGACAAAAAGAUAAAAAUGAAGAAAUAAAAAAAGUCUUGUCUCAACAAAAUAUAGACAUUCAAGAAAUACCAUGUAUAAAAACAAAAUAUAAUUUUGCUAACAUAUCUAAAUUAUACAAGCUCUUAUAUUCUUAUAUUAACCAAGCAUGUACACAAAGAAAAAGAACAAAAAUGAUAAAAUAUAUAUAA